AUGAUGUAUAGACUUAGGCUCCUUUCUGGUGUUCACCGUUUGCGUGAUUUGCGUGGGGAUUCUCUCGGAUCGUGGUUUUUGUUGUCACGACUCUCCGCGUCUCAAUCAUCCAUUACCCUCCGAAGGUUGUCCCUCGGAAACUCAUCUCGACGUCGAAUCUCAUACUCCUCAAGACGUCUCCUCCGCCGAGCCACCCGAAAAGCACUCGGUCACUCCGUCUGCGCCGUCAGAAUCGUAUCUCUCUGGACAGCUUUCUAUAGCAUAACAACUAUCAACUGUUGGGAGGGAACGGCUCGUGCACGGGGACGACGUGCUCGAGUCGAUCAGCGACCAGCUCAUCGAAUCCCUCGAAUCCAACACACGCAUCUCAGUCUCUCAUUCGAGGAAUCGCUCGCAAAUCCGUCGAUCUACUCGAGAGGAGCUCGUCCGACGAGCGCUACGACAUUGUCGUCAUCGACGCCCGACAGGCGGGAAUCCUCCCCGGAGGAGACACUGACAGCCACGAGAACUCUCCCUAUCUCACCCUUGUAUGAAAAGAUCUCCCAGCUCAGCACGCAUCCAAUCGUUUGUGGAGAAGAUGCAUCACUUCUAACGAAAGAUGUAAUCUCCUAUAUUGAGACAUUGAUGGCACCAAGUGGAGAAGCGCUCGAGUUAAGGCAAUUACUAGCCAUCAACGAUGUGGUGUCCUCUUUGCAAGCGCAUGAUGUCAUCGUUGAAGAGGUUUACGGAACGGAGAGAGAUCUCAGCGCUCCAUCAACAAGCACCGCACAUCAACAGAUUGAGCCACAGCCAUCAACGAGUGGCGUGUCGACGAGUGGAGUUGGAGGUGUGGCGAGUCUUCGAGAAUCAGUCAGACAAACCACCGGCGUGCUUCCGCUUGGGGCACAUCGAGCCGGCACGAGUCACGAUGACUUUUUGCCUACGAGUUUCACUGGUGAUGAUGAUGACGAUUUGUUGAUGGAUUCGGUUUCUCGCGUUCGUCUUGUACAAUUCCAGAAGGAUUCUGAGGAGCCGAUGGGGAUCACGUUAAAAGUGACAGAAGAUGGACGGUGUUAUGUGGCGAGGAUAAUGCACGGCGGGAUGAUUCACCGACAAGCAACUCUUCAUGUCGGCGAUGAGAUCCGGGAGAUCAACGGUGUUUCGGUGGCACAUCGAUCAGUGGAGUGUCUUCAACAAAUGUUAAGAGACGCGAGAGGACAGGUAACGUUCAAAAUCGUUCCCUCCUAUCGAUCAGCUCCGCCAGCAUGCGAGAUCUUUGUGAGAGCUCAAUUUGACUACGAUCCCACGCAAGACGAUUUGAUACCAUGUCCACAAGCUGGAAUGCCUUUCAAAACUGGCGACAUCUUACAAGUGAUAUCAAAAGAUGAUCACAAUUGGUGGCAAGCGAGGUUCAUUUCAACGUUUCCUUCACUGGGAAAUCCGAAUAAAGACUCGCAGGCUCAAACCGCCGGCCUGAUUCCAAGCCCCGAGUUGCAGGAGUGGAGAACGGCUUGUUUAGCGAUGGAAAGGCACAAAGAUAACUGUCUACCAGCUCAUUGCAUGUGGUUCAACAAGAAAAAGAAGUACUACUCGACGAAAUACCUCCAAAAGCAUUCCACACUCUUUGAUCAGCUCGACCUUGUCACGUAUGAAGAGGUUAUGCGAUUAUCACAAUAUCGACGUAAAACAUUGGUAUUAUUGGGUGCUCACGGAGUCGGGAGGAGACACAUCAAGAACACGCUCAUUCAUCGACAUCCACAGCGAUUUGCUUAUCCGAUUCCACAUACUACUCGGCAACCGCGCAAAGACGAGGGGUUACAAGAUCCGGAUGGUUCACUCGAGCGUCUCUUAAAAGAGUCGGAGAUCCUUCGUCAAGCUUUCGGUCAUCUUUUCGACUACGUCAUCGUCAACAAUGAUAUCGAUGAGACGAUCGCCCAAUUGGAGCGUCUCGUCGAGAAGUUGAACGCCUCUCCGCAAUGGUUGCCCGUUUCUUGGGUUUAU